GCUGGAUUCUGUUGCAAAAGAUUUAGUACGUACCAACAGUUAAAUAAUACGUAGUUGGAGUGUGUGAUACGUCUGGAAAAACCUGCUUGCCGCCGGCAGGUCGUCGGUUCGAAUCUGGCUCCCCUCUCCCCCUCUAGAAUACCCUCGUCUCGGCGAUUGGCAGUUUGGGCCGCUGACCAAUCAAACAACGGUUUGGCGGAUUGCCGGCUGGCCAAAACUGGCGUCCAGGACAACGAAAACACAGACUAUCUUUGAAAUCUCGACUGGUCUCUUCUUCAGCUCCAAUGUUCUCGGACGAAUUGGCACCUCCUCACAAUUUUUGGGAACAGCCGAAGGGGUUGAUCCUGUGUACAUCCAAACCGACAGGAGGUAUGGGUCAGGGAGCUCUAAGUGGGGCUUCAGCAUGACGUCUCGACGCUGGAACCCAUCGUUGCCAGCCGAAAUUUCCCCUUGACUUGGACUUCCCCUUGACUUGGGAACUCGACCGGACAUCAAAAGCACCUCUUCCCGCGCGCCCCAGUUGCCCGACAGCCAGCCCAAUGGGUUCUGCAGAAUCUUGGCCGCUGAUGUUUCCUGGAUGGUCCGUGUCUUCAUUGUACCGUUUGAUGCCUUCUCCUGCGGCGCCGACGUGGCGGACCCUUCGCGCGUAUGCGACAGACCGGCAGUCUCGACCCGGCCCAGCGCUGACUUUGGAACAUUUUGUCCAGCGGGCCCGGGCACUUGCUCUGUACCGGUCCAUCCUCCGAAGCACGCGCCGAAUUGCUGAUCCGAGAACCCGCGCCGAGACGCGCAAGUUUGCGCGGGGCGAGUUCGAGAGGAAUCGCGGGGUCACAGAUAUCGACCACAUCCGAUACCUCCUGUCGACGGGCAAGACCGAGUGGGAGAGCAUGGAGAGGUAUAUUGACGGCCUCUGAAGCAAGAACGACGCCAAACUGUCCUGGUCUAGCCGGCUUUGCUCGCAGCUUCCUGCUGUUCUUCAACCACCU